AUGAUUUCGUUAACAAAUAUCUUCGAACCCCAGAAGUACAGAGACUUUAAGAAGCUGAUACGAUUAACAGCACUGGUGCUCAGAGCCGUGAAGAAUUUCAAAACUGAAACACGUGGUGAGGAACCGAAUGGCCUUUUGAGUAACGGAGAGUAUGCUCUCGAAGAAAUUCUAUGGAUCCGCGAAAUGCAACAGUCUGUAAUCAAGUCACAGAAAUUUAAGGAAUUGAAACAACAGCUAGAAUUGUACACAGAUGAAAGCAAGUUGCUCCGAUGUAAUGGAAGACUACAGAAUCUUACGAUUCCAUUUAACGCCAAGUUCCCCAUUUUCCUGCCAUCAGAUCAUGACCUAACCGUUCUUAUCAUUCGAGAUUGCCACAAUGAUGUGGAAAAACAAGAGGUGAAAGAGACAAUUGAAACUGGGGGAUAUCCUUAUGACUUGUACUACCUUCCCUGGUUAGAGGAGGUCUGGGUUCACGCGUGGACGAGCUCUACGUUUGACGUCAUCAGUACCGCGGGAAGUCUUAGGAAGACACAUACCGCCAUUAAAGCGCAUGUGCAACCGGGCUGGACACAUGGUUACAUGUACGCAGACCAGCAAAUAGCGGAUGGAAACUUAGGCUACGUAACACAUAUGUUCAACCCAGGUAUUCAUCAACUCGACUUGUCAUCUAAGACAUACAAAGACUUCGUGAAUGUAUCAAACUAUGGCUGUAGAGGAACUUUUAACUUUGCGUACAGCCCGGUCAACAAGCACGGCUUUUUUGACUGCAGGGGAUCCAAGACACUCCUGGAGCUUGACAUAGCUACUGAUCAAGUUGUCCGAAGCUAUAAUUUCACAGGACGUCCCUACGCUUCUAAAUACGGCCGGUACAUUGUAACCCUUUACAAAUCCGUCAACGAAUCAAUCAACCUUCUCCUCACCAGUGAAGUGGUCAUUCUUGUCGUUUCUGGUAAGGACAGCGCUCCAAUUCAAAAACCCACUGUGAAAAUCCCUGGAGGUGUCAGUCGACUAGUGUUCGACCCCAAGAUUCUCUCUGUUGCUUACAUCAGCCUCGUGUACCUUGAUAAGAUUGCAGUGUUGGAUCUGGAUUCUCUUCGAGUGAGCUACAUUGAUGGGGUCGGGAGUGUGCUGACGGCACCUGGUAUGCAUUCUGUGAGCCGUUCUCUGGUCGUAGCAGGGCCUUGGAUGGUAACACCAGCCACAGCUAAUAAUUCCGUCGCCGUAAUCAACAUAGCCAACCGUGAGCUAGAGGGCAUGGUGCAAGGGGUCGUCCAAGGCUUGCGCAUGAUUGCCGUGCGUCAAAAAGUUCCUGGUCCUUUAAACACUGCAGAGUUUAUUUAUUUUUCACCCCUUAAGCUGAUUAUUACCUUACUAUUUGCUUUACAAGUAACCGUUGGGUAAACCAACAAUUUUUCAUAACACCUUGGUAGUAUUAUGAAGGCCCGACCAAACGCACGCAACAUUUCAAUGCAACAUCUUGCAACAUUGUAGGAUCGUGUUAUUGGAUAUUGUGAAGGAACUGGCUAGCGCAUGCAGCAUCUUG